AUGUCCGACUCUAAAGACGGCGGUAUGUCCGGGUUGAUCAACUCAUUCGCAACACUACAAAGCAAAGACCAAAAAGCAGAGAUCCAAAGCCACGAGGUUUUAGUGACGAAUGAAAUGAUCCGCAUUCAUAACGAAUAUCUCUCGAUGUGGGAGCGGAUCAAUUACGGUAAAGAGCCACGGGUUCUAUUUAACGAAAUUGAAAUACGAACUCAGCUCUUGGCUAAACUGAAAUCAAAAUCGUUACCUAGCUUACGCCGCCACACUAAUGCGAUUUCGAAAGCACUACUUCUGCGUCGAUCGGAUCCGCCACUUGAUACUCAACCGACGCCGCUCGUUUACAAAUUAAAAUUAGUCAUGAAAAGUUUAUCGAAACUGGAGAGCACCUUACGCGACAUCAAAUUUGCGGUAGCUUGUAUCAGUCCAGCUUUGGAUGUCAGAGAAAUGAGGGAUGACAGAGAUUUCAAGGAUUUGAAGUUCUUCAAAUCGGCUCGUUUGGCACUAAUAACCUACGCGGCAACCGGGCGAGUUUGUGAAUUCCUUCGAAUCUCUCACAAAUUUAUCAAAGAAUUCGAGCAACAUUUUUAUGAAGACCCUUCGAGGAGACACGAGAUCGAGAAGAUGGCAAAUACUUGCGCGGAAGCGGUCAACCGGGCGCUCAUCUUCAUCGAUAAAUCCGAAAUGCCGCAAGAAGUCGAUGCUCCAGACAUUCCGUAUAGGACAGUAUGUUUGUGGUCGAUCAUCAAGCUAUCGAGAAUCGCAGUGGCAAAGCUAUUGAAGAUGUCGACCGACACAAAAAACUUGACGAUGGCCAGCGAUCUGAAUUCAAGAGAGCUCGAACUGUUCGUCGGAGCGGCCAAGUCAAUUUCAGAAAGAGUUGCGAGUAUUUUGGGUUCUAUACGCGCAGACAUCCCCGACAACGAAGCUGGCGAUCUGGAGAUCCUCAAGAGAGCACUCUCCGAUCUGCUCGGUGCUUCUAGGGCUAUCUCGCUACUCAGCCAGUACAUAUUUCGCCCCGUCCAUCCCGACCAGCUUCCGUCCAAAAUUUGUCUCAAGGCUUGGUUUUAUCAGUGGAAUAAACUCUAUCGUAUGGCCAUUCAAAACUUCCUCAAAGAUGUCUUCGACGAGAAUGGAAACUACAUCGACGAUGCUUGA